AUUAAGAAAUACCUAUAUUUUACAUUUUCAUCAAAAUAAAAUUUCAAUUUCUAAUUUACUGUCUGUUCUAAAAUAAUUAUGUUCUAAAAUAAUGUAAAACUUGUGCAAACGAUAUAAACAAGUAAAAUAAUACACAGUAGAUCUUGUGAUUGAUUUUAGUGAAAUAUUCUGUUAUAGAUUAAUAAUUUAAGCUAGGACUUGUCACACUUUCUUGCUAAAAAUACUUUUUGGGAAGUGGCCAGUUCUUUUGUCAUGAUGAGUUUGAAAUCAGAAGAGGAAUGUCGGACUAAUGACCCAAAUAACGCAUUUCCUAUGGAUGCUGAAUCAUCAUUGCGUCUACCACUAGAUAGUUCUAUGUGCAUAGUGUUUACUGGACAUUAUAAUGGGUUUGGUGUUGAGAUUAGAUCCCUGGAUGAGAUGGCCUUGUUACACCAUAUGGGAUGUUUUGGUAAAGGAACUGCAUCUAGAUCUAAGCCUCAAGUAGUACAUAAUGAUGGCAGUCCAUCUAUUAUGCGGAAGAGGCAAUUCUUAAAGAGAAAUUAUUGGCAUAAGAGAUUUGGAACACCAAAACAAUCUAUUGACUCUGAUUCUUUUCUUAAAGAGGUUAAUGACCUGGUUUCUAAAAUUGUUCAUGACACUAGGAAACAAUCGGGAAAAGAUGUUAUAGAUUUGGUUUCAAGUGAUGAUGAGAUAGUGCAAGAAACUGAAAUUUUAAAUAAUCAAACUGAAUUUGACAUGGCUGAUAAACAUAACUUAGUUGUUAUUGUACCAAACAGUGAUUCAGAAGAUGACAAUUAUUUUGCCAAUUUGAAACCUAAAUGUUGUGUAGAUAAAAUUGUAUUGCAGGAAAAGUUAAUGCUCUCAUUAGAAGAAGCUUUUUUCUUGUUAUAUGGGCUUGGGUGCUUACAAAUAGUAAAUAAUGAGAACAAUAUACUAAACAUAGAAGAUUGUUGGAAAAUAUUCAGUGAGAGUGAUAGAUAUUUUAUUGAAAAAUAUGUUGUAUACCACUACUUUAGGUCUAAAGGAUAUAUUGUUAAACCUGGAAUUAAAUUUGGGGGUGACUACUUACUAUACAGAGAAGGUCCAGAAAUAAAUCAUGCAGAUUAUGUAAUUGUUAUAAACUAUGGGAAUAAUAUUUCUGAUUGGAUAUCUUUACUUGGUCAAAUUCGAAUGGCUGCAACAACUGUUAAGGAAGUGAUAAUAGUGGAAGUUCUGAAAUCCAGUAAAGAUAAUUUAAAGUUGCCACAAGAUCUUAGUGAAUUUAGUGUAAGGGAACUGUUAUUAACUAGAAAUAUUCCAAAUAUAAUAAAUGAUGGUAAUGAUGUAGACUAA